AUGUCCGAAGGCCCCAAGAAGAUCGCACACUUUGCCGACAGCAGCAGUGACAGCACCUCUCGCCACAAAGACCGUGUGUACGACCUCACCAGUGAAACAGAGCUCAAGCUUCUGCGUACGGAGAUACACUCGCGCAUGAUGAACAGUGUAAGGCAGGGCGAUGCCGUGAGUAUGGACACCAUCUCGUUGGUGGUGAGGGGCCCUGGCUUACAACGCAUGGUGAUGGUGGAUUUACCUGGAAUUAUAG